GGAUACUGUGUGGAGUGCAUUUUUUUCUCAUAGGAACAACUAAACAUUUUAGAGCACCGGGAAAAAGUCUAUGACGAUUUCUCAAAUUGGUCUCUCCGAUUAAAAUGAUAUCUCAAGUAGGCUACAGUACUUUAGAGAGAUACUAGAGCUUUUAAUCGGCUACUCCAAUUGAUAUUUCAGUUUGCAAUUUUAUAAAUUUGGUAUCAUUGAGAAUUCAAGUUAGUUGUGGAGUUGUUUUUGUAGUAGGCUAAUUAGACAUCAUCACAAUGAGAGGAAUUCAAUUAGUUACUUUGAGUAUUAUGCUCCUGACAGGCCAGCAAUUGGUUUCAGGCAGCCCAGCACCCUCGGCAGGACUAGUUGAGUCCGUUAUGUCAGGACUGAACAAUGUAAUUCAAGAUUCUUCUACAGUCGAGGUUGAAAUGCAACUAAAAAGUGCUUUGAAUGCAGCAGGCUGCUCGAAAGAUGCUGUUGAUUUAUUGAAAUUUUCAGCGGGGAAAGCAUGUAUCGCUGUGUUCCAGGCGUCUGUAUCCUACCAGCAAUUUAUUUUGAACAUUAUCUACGCCGUGGAGAAAAUGAAGGUAUAUACCGACUACUCAUGCUUCCUGGGAAAAUCAAGCUACAUACGAGAACUGAAAUGCUACCUGGAUAACCUGAAUAAAAAUAUGGUCAUCAACGAAGUCCCGACUUUUUUCUCACAAGUCAAAUCAUUAGUAGAUGAAGUCAACAAAAUUGUCGACUUGUACAAGGACAGCUACAAAAAUUGUCUGGAUGAGCAGACUUCCCUCACUUAUGAGAUUGGAACCGAGCAAUACUCCAGCCUGGAGUCACUUGUUCAGUCACAUUGUCCAGCUGGAACUUCCGUGGAGAAACUGAGGAACAACCAGAACUAGUUGCUUCCAAUUAUUGUGAUUGUCUCAAAAUAAAAUAAGACUUUUUCACAUCCCAUA